AUCAUCUACACAAUUCUAUCUUCCGGCGGCCACUUGUGAUUUGAUCAUCCUUCUAUGUCCCUGCCCCUACCCCAGUCUCUCUGCUGGCUUCUCAUUGACAUGGACGUCUCAGCGUUCCUUGCACUGCUGCUCAUUGCCCCCCUCUCCGGCCUACUACUUUUCCUCUCCACCGGGAGGAAGACGCCGUACGGCGGCGAUGAAGGCCGGCGGUUGCCGCCGUCGCCUCGGGGCCUUCCUCUCCUGGGACACCUGCCUCUUCUGGGCCCCCUGCCGCACCGGAAGCUGUGGGCGAUGGCGCAGGCGCACGGCCCCGUCAUGCUCCUCCGCUUCGGCCGCGUGCCCACGGUGGUGGCGUCGUCGGCGGCCGCGGCGCAGGAGGUGAUGAAGACCCGCGACCUGGCGUUCGCGAGCCGCCCCAGGGUGCGCAUGGCCGAGCGCCUCCUCUACGGCCGCGACGUGGCCUUCGUCCCCUACGGCGAGCACUGGCGCCAGGGCCGCCGCGUCUGCGUGCUCCACCUCCUCAGCCAGCGCCGCGUCAGCUCCUUCCGCCACGCCCGGGAGCAGGAGGUCGCCGCGAUGCUCGCCCGCGUCCGCCGCGGCGGCGCGCCCGCCGUCAACCUCACCGCCCACAUCAUCUCCUACACCAACGGCAUCAUCUCACGCGCGGCGUUCGGAGGGAUCGGCUACUACGACGGUCCCGACGGCGGCGGCGAGAAGCUCGCGAAGUUGUUCGCCGACUUUGAGGGGCUCCUGGGGACCGUCACCGUGGGGGAGUUCGUGCCCUGGCUGGCCUGGGUUGACGCGCUCAUGGGGCUGGACGCCAAGGCCGCACGCACGUCCGCGCAGAUGGAUGCCUUCCUGGAACAGGUGAUCGCGGACCACCGCCGGAGGCGCCGUGGCGGCCACCGUGAAGGUGGUGACGAUCACCGGGACUUCGUCGACGUGCUGUUGGACGUGAACGAGGACGAGGCGCACGCCGGUGGAGCCACGUUCGACGACGUGGCCAUCAAGGCCAUUAUCCUGGACAUGUUUGCCGCCGCCACGGACACUUCCUACACGACGCUGGUAUGGGCCAUGGCGGAGCUCAUCAACCACCCACGCGAGAUGCGCAAGGUCCAGGACGAGGUCCGCGCGGCCGUCGGCGGCGGCGGUCGCGUCACCGAGGACCACCUCGAGGAGCUGCGCUACCUCAGGUGCGUCAUCAAGGAGACGUUGCGGCUGCGCACGCCGCUGCCGCUCCUCGUACCCCGGGAGACGACCGUGGACACGGAGCUGCUCGGCUACCACGUGCCAGCGGGCACCCGCGUCAUCGUCAACGCGUGGGCCAUCGCGCGGGACCCCGCCACGUGGGAGCGCGCCGACGAGUUCGUGCCGGAGCGGUUCGCCGGCGACGACCUCACGGCGGACUACUUGAUGCCCGGGCAGGACUUCAGGUCCGUGCCGUUCGGCGCCGGGAGGCGAGGAUGCCCCGGGGUGGGGUUCUCCGUGCCGACCAUGGAGCUGGCGCUGGCGAGCUUGUUGUACCACUUCGACUGGGAGCUGCCGGCCGGCGUGGCGGCGAAGCUGGAGAUGGACGAGGUGAACGGGCUGUCGGUACGGCGCAAGGCGCCCCUGUAUUUGGUUGCUAAGGCAUGGUCUCCUCAGUAAGAUCGAUCUACCAUGUGAUGUGGUGCAGUUUGUCUGAAAUGAAUAUUCUGUGUGUGUCUAGGGCUCUUCCAGAGACGAGAUUAGGGAGUUGAAUAAAAGUGCUUAUGAACUUGCUCACA